AUGCCCGACAUGGCUGACCUGGUGGCGUACCACAGUGCCCACAACUACACGCUGAACCAGACGGACGUUCGGAUUGUGCUGGAGGAUGAGAACCUCUACAAGGUGCCGAUUGGGUUGCUGGUGCUGCUGUCACUGUUCUACGGCACCAUCAGCAUCCUGGCGGUGAUCGGCAACUCGCUGGUCAUCUGGGUCGUGCUCACCACCAAACAGAUGCAGACGAUCACCAACAUGUUCAUCGCCAACCUGGCGCUAGCGGACGUGACGAUCGGCGUGUUUGCCAUCCCGUUCCAGUUCCAGGCGGCGCUGCUGCAGCGCUGGAAUCUGCCCGAAUUCAUGUGCCCAUUCUGCCCGUUCGUGCAGCUUAUCAGUGUCAACGUGUCGGUGUUCACGCUGACCGCCAUCGCCGUCGAUCGGCACCGGGCCAUCAUCAAUCCGCUGCGGGCGAGGACGUCAAAGAACAUCUCCAAGUUCGUCAUCACCUCCAUCUGGCUGCUGUCGUUCGCGCUCGCCGCCCCGAUCCUGUUUGCGAUGCGAGUCCGCCCGGUUUACUACAUAGCGCUCGGCGGCACGAAUGACACAUACACCAACGUCACGGUACCGUUUUGCAAGGUCGUCAAUUUCGAGCAGGCGGAGAUCCAGCUCUACCGCUACGUGCUGGUGCUGGUCCAGUACUUCAUCCCGCUGUUCGUCAUCAGCUUCGUUUACAUACAGAUGGCGUUCCGGCUGUGGGGCUCGAAGACGCCGGGCAACGCGCAGGACUCGCGCGACAUCACGAUGCUGAAGAACAAGAAGAAGGUCAUCAAAAUGUUGAUUAUUGUUGUCGCCCUCUUCGGCGUCUGCUGGUUUCCGCUACAGCUCUACAACAUCCUGCACGUGACGUUCCCGGAAAUCAAUGAAUAUCGUUUCAUCAACAUUAUCUGGUUCGUGUGCGACUGGCUGGCGAUGAGCAACAGCUGCUACAACCCGUUUAUCUACGGCAUCUACAAUGAGAAGUUCAAACGGGAGUUCCGCAAGCGUUACCCGUUCAAGCGCGGCCAGGCCUACGGCCACAAUCACGGCAACGAGCCGGACAAAACGUCGUCCAUCUUCACGCGCGUCAGCUCGAUCCGCUCGAGCUAUGCGACCUCGUCGAUCCGGAACAAACUCAGCACCGGACGGUACGGCGGAUCGGGGUCGGCCAGCUCGAAACAGUUGCCACUGGCGUUCAAGUUUCCGCCGCCGAGCCACCACUAUCCGGCCCCGCUGCAGGACCUGGGCGCCGGUGGACUCGUGGGCCGCCGGAAGGAUGUCUACUCCCCGAGCAGCUGCGGGGCUACCGGGAGCUGCUUGGCUGCGACCACGUUCUCAAUCCGCGAGAAAAGCCCACGGCCGUUCUGGGACGACGACGGGCAGCCGGUGAAGGGUCUGAGCGAUAGCGAGUCGGGUCUACUGAGUGGCUCGAAGCUACUGGCGCUAGGUGUCGCCACUAGCACCACCGACGACGACGAGGACUAUCGGUUACGGUCCUACGCAUCGACCACCGGCGAGCAAGCGGUCCACGAACUGGCUCCGCUGAGGCCGGGCUCCGAAACCAGCGGAAGUGACCCGUACCGGAACCACCACAACCACCAUCCCCAGCAACGGAAGUCGGAGGCGAAGUACGCCACCGUUACCGGUGGCCACGGAACGCCCUUCAAACACCCGCAUCCCGACGAGAGCGGAGGCGAGAGUGUGGACGGAGAAGGGAAGCGGCCGGACGUGCGGACCACCGGGCUCACCGGGGGGCACCUGUACUGCAACAGUUUCGAGGACCUGAACCAGGGAUUCGACUGAACAUC